GAACUGUCGCAGGGAUGGUUGAGGCCGGAGGUGAGGAGCAAGGAGCAGAUCAUGGAGUUGCUGGUGCUGGAGCAAUUCCUCAGCAUCCUCCCCGAGGAAAUCCAGAGUUGGGUUUGGGUCCGACACCCCGAAUCCUGCGCCCAAGCCGUCGCCUUGGCCGAGAGCUUCCAGCUGGGACGAGGGGAUCCCGACGGGAUCUGGGAGCAGCAGGUGACGGUGCGCGUGAAGGUGGAGGAGGUGGUCCCGGUCGACGUUGAGGACCCUGAAGUGACGGGGGAUCCACCAAACCCCCCAUCGGAGUCACCCCAACUCCCCUCGGAGGAGGUGGCCCGGGGCAAGGUGAAGUUUGUGGCCGAGGAAGAGGAGCGGCACCGGGAGGAAGCAGAGCCCCAAAAUCUUGUGGCCUUCAUCAGCUUCUUCAUGGAGACGCUGGAAAUGUCCCUCAAAGGAAUUUCCAUGGAUGAUGGUUGGAGCGUGGUGGGCUCCUCUUUGGGUCCUCGUGCUGCCGUCCUCGGCCACCCAACUGGUCCCACCACGGCGAGCAGACACCCGGAGGUGCCCAUUUUACAUCGACAAGACCCCCCACACCCACCCAGCACCCUCCAGGGCGUCCCAACGGCCAGGACCCCCACCCAGAAGGGGACCCACCACCGACAUCUCCCCCGGGAUCCCACCACCGUCCCCCAGCCCCUCGCCCAAGAUCCACCCAGACCCGUGGAGGCCACCAGAAGCCCGGAGAAGCCGUGGGUGAAGCGGGACGCGGGGAAGGACCGUCCGUACCCUUGCGGCGAAUGCGGGAAGACCUUUGGGCGGUUGACUCACUUGAAGACCCACCAACGAACCCACACGGGGGUGAAGCCCUACGCGUACCAACGGCUUCACACGGGCGAACGGCCCUACGGCUGCGGUUCCUGCGGCAAGACCUUCACCAACCCUUCGGACCUCAACAAGCACCAGCGGUCGCACACGGGCGAGAGGCCCUACCCCUGCGCCGCCUGCGGGAAACGCUUCAGCCAACAGUCCAACCUCACCAUGCACCAACGGUCCCACACCGAGGAGAGACCCUACCCCUGCGGCGCCUGCGGCAAGAGCUUCAAAUAUUUGGCGGACCUGACGGUGCACGAGAGGUCGCACACGGGCGAGAGACCUUUCCCCUGUCCCCACUGUGGGAAGAGCUUCAGCAACAAGUCCUCCCUCGCCCGACACACCCGCAUCCACACCCGGGCGGCCGCCAGGGACAAGUGA